AAUUUUUAAAAAUUUGUAAUAUUAUUAUUAAAUAAUUCUAAAAAUUUUAACUAAAUUAUUAUCAGUUAUCGUUUAACUUUUACGACGUGGCCACGUGGUAUGAAAAGUUAGAUCAUGACAAGGUAUACAAGAGCAAAGGGUGCCAAAGCAUCAAAUGAGCGUUUGCCCAACGAUGCUACUCCAUGGCACGUUAUGAAACAGCAACUUACUGAAAAUGAAACAACAGAGAAAAAGGUGAAAACAGCAAAAGAACUUUUAAGUGAAAAACAAGAAACUGAUAAUACAGCAACCGUUAGCUGGGCUAGUUUCGAUGAUGAUAAAUCCAAUAAAAAUGUAAAUCAAGAUACGAUAUCCAAAAAGAAAGAAAAGAAAAAACAUAUUAACAAUAAGAAUGAAUCAGAAACCCAAGUAGAAGAUAAUGUUAAUUCAGAUAAAAAGAUAAUAGAUAAUGAAAAUAAUUCUUCACAAUGGCAUCAAGUUUUAAGCAAACGACAAAAGCGUAAUAUGAAAAGACAGAAUAAGAAUCUAUCUGAUUCGACUACUACAACUUCUAUUAAUAAGGAAGAAUCUAAUGAUAAUAAUACUGAUUUUCGUGAUUCAAAGCGUAGUAACAAUAAUUUCCCUCAAAGGUUCAAUAGAAAUUAUUCCAAUGGAAAUAACUUCAACAAUAGAUUUAAUCAAUAUAAUAAUAAUAGUAGAAUGAGCAAACCGGUUAAGAAAAGGAAACCUCCAAAAAUUAGAGAUGAUUUAGAACAUAAAAGAAGAAAGUCUGAUUGUGGACCUAUAAAAAUGAUGUUUAAUGGUGUAGAAGUAGAAAUAGUCAAAUAUGAUGGAUUUCCAGUAAAAAAAGAAGAUGCAGAGAGAUUGAAAGAAUUGAGACAAAAGAUGGUAAUGCAAGGUAUACCUAAGUCAGAAAUUGAUAGUGCAAUGAAAUUGGAAAGAAGAAAAGCUGAGAAGGAAUUAGCACGUGCUAAAAAGCACGUUUGCUUUCACUGUCGUAAAGCCGGUCAUAAUUUAUCAGAUUGUCCUGAGCUUGCAAAUGAACAAUCUGGAACAGGGAUUUGUUAUAAAUGUGGUUCAACCGAGCAUACUCAUUUCGAAUGCAAAGUAAACAAAGCUCCAGAGUACAGAUAUGCAACCUGCUUUAUUUGUCGCGAACAAGGACAUAUUUCCAACCAAUGUCCCGAUAAUCCUAAAGGAAUCUAUCCUGAUGGAGGAGCUUGCAAGAUUUGCGGAGAUGUUACGCAUUUAAAAAAAGAUUGUCCGGAUUUAAUAAAAGAAAAAGAAGAAUCUGUAAUAACAGUAGAUAAAAUUACAGAUGGUACUUUAGAAUCUUUGGAUGCAACCAGUGAUAAAAAUAAGAGUAGUCAUACAGAUAACAAAACCGCAAAAAUUAUAAAAUUUUAAAUUACUUUACAAAAAUAUUAUGUUUUUUUAUGUAUUAUUAUGUAUUAUAUUUUU